AUGACCUUGACACAAAUACUCAGAGGGCAUCGAGAGAGUCCUCAACCAUUUUCAAGGUCAUCCCAAGUGAAAGGAGUGCUUGUUUGUGGUCAUCUUCAUCCUCGAUCUCCGACUUCAUCAGUCGAUCUCAGCUUCUUCAAAACCAGGUUAAUUAAAAUGGUGGCAAAACAUCAUUUUACACGAGUGGACACGAUGGAGCUGAAAAAUCAUAUUUAUCAGAAGAUUGGGCAUGCAAGAGCAGAAAAUUACUUUGAUCAGCUGAAAAGAUUUUUCAGUUUAAAGCUUAGCAAGGUCGAAUUCGAUCAGAACUGCAUAAAAACAAUUGGGAGAGAGAAUCUCUCUCUUCAUAACCGGCUUAUUCAAUCCAUUCUCCAGAAUGCUUGUCAGGCUAAAGUUCCCCCACCAAUAGCUAGGAAAGUUAAAGGACCUCUUGGGGUUAAAGUUGCAAAUGGUUACCAAAGAAAUUGUAUGCAAUCACUCUAUGGCGAUGCAUUUCCCCCAUCUCCUCGCAAGCAUAGAUCUCCUAUUAACAGGGAUCGUAAGUUUCGGGAUCGCCAAAGUCCACUUGGACCACUAGGAAAGAGCCCUAGCAUCACAUUUGAAGAAACUAGUCCAAGAAUACACGAACAGCAAAGUGGAGCAGAACUGAAUUCUGUCAGUAGCAGACCACCCAUUGAAGUUGCUCCUGUUGAAGAUGGGGAAGAGGUUGAACAAUUUGCUGGAAGCCUAGGCAUUCAGAGUCGGAGCCCUAUUACUGCUCCAUUUGGUGUUUCAAUAAACCUGGGUGGUGCUCAUAAAGCUCUUCAACGUGGUUUUGGGUUUAACACUUGUCAAAAUAGUGGCGAGUUACCUGAUACGAAAAUGCUGAGGAGUUGUUUGGAGAAAAAGUUGGAAUUGGAGGGGAUUGGAAUUUCUUUGGAUUGUGCUAACCUGUUCAAUAAUAGUUUGGAUGCGUAUUUGAAGAGGUUAAUUGAACCUUGUAUGGAGAUUGCAAGAUCACCGGGUAAUCAUAUGCACGAGGGAGAGUUAAACGGUCAAAUAAGUACUGGAGGGAACGGGGCAUUACUUGGAAGAUAUACACGAAGACCAACCCACUCGAAAUAUGUAAGUACGUCAGAUUUUCGUGUUGCUAUGGAGUUGAACCCACGAAUUCUUGGGGCGACUUGGCCAGUACAACUGGAGAAGAUCUGCACUCGUGCCGUUGAGUAA